CUAUAGCACCAAGAGUUUCAAAUGAGGUUUUAAGUCAUCCACAUUAGGAAUCCGAACAAAAUGAAGCCACUUGUAAUAUUGGUUAUGAUUUCUUAUUUUAUUCAACUCACAGUUACCAAUGGAGCGGAACUUUCAAUUAUACAAUAUCCCCAGGACAUCAGUGUGUCUCUUAAUUCAACUGUUUUGAUACUGUGUGAAUUUGACUACUCAGAUAAAACCGUAAUUGAUACAGAGGUGUACUGGAGGAAAGACCCUACCUGUAAUCAGCCAGCGCUCCAGCCAACCACAAGUACCUCUGAUGUUCAAAAGUCACAGGUACAAAUUAAAACAGAGCAGUCCAAAAAAUUUUCAAUCUUACGACUGGACAACGUUCAGCUGAACGACGCUGGCAUGUAUUUCUGUGAUGUAAGGCUAAUUUUACCACCACCAGUAAGGCACAAAUGUGGAAGUGGCAGCAGGCUGACAGUACAUGAGUCCAAAUGCGAUGGCAAUAUCAGGCAUGCUAAAACAUGGUGGGUGUGGUUCUUUCUUCUUGGAUACAGCAUCUGUUCCUCCAUUAUUAUCAUAGUUUUCUCCAUUCUUCAGUGCUGCAAAAAGCAUAGGAACUCCUCAAAAAAUACAGAUGGCAUCUGUACUUUGCCAAGCGAAUGGAUUUAUGACAAACCGUCCAUCACUCUUAAUAAUGGAUUUAAUCAAGAAUACGAAGAUAUGAGACUAAUAAAGACUUUUACUCACAGUGGAAGAAAGAUAUGAAAAAGGUGGAUGCAUUCAUAAUUGAAUUACAUUAGCACAUGUAACAAAUACUUUUCUACCUCCACAAAAAUCUUGGUUCAUUUAGAGUUAGUGUUGCUGAAGUGAAUUUCAUAAUCAACACAAUCACUAAAAAUCAAAGAAACCACCAGUUAAGGCAACAUGAACAUCAAAACUGUAUAUGUCUUACCACCCAAAGGCACUCAGAAUCCUCUGACAGAUCUAAUUCUUCUUAAUCACAAGAACAAAGUUACAGCAUGCACAUUCACCUUCAGUUAGAUUAAGAUGAAUUCCCCAUGAGCACAAAUGCAGUGGCAAAAUCUUCAAUGUAUUAUUUGUCCUUUAAAAUGUAGGAUGUCAGAUUUAGAAUUGUGAGUUGGAGUGUGUUUGGGAGGAAUUCCCACACCUAUCACCAGCCUAUAUUUUGCCCACCUCUAUUUCCCUCUUUCGUGCCCCUUUUCGCCUCUUAAUUCCUUUCAACCUCUCUCACUCUCAGAUAUCCAGUCAUUUCCCUCACUCCGAUCACCUCGGAUAUAUACACCUCCCAACAAAAUGAAACAACAAAAUGUAGCUUGUGAGGGAAGGGAAAAAAUCUAUUUUAAAAUUACUGGAAACAUACUGAUGUGCACAUAACAUACACCUCACCUCUACCCCGAUAUAACGCGACCCGAUAUAACACGAAUUCAGAUAUAAUGCGGUAAAGCAGUGCUCGGGGGGGAGGGGGGAGGAAGGGCAGGGCUGCGCACUCCGGUGGAUCAAAGCAAGUUCGAUAUAACAUGGUUUCACCUAUAACGCAGUAAGAUUUUUUGGCUUCUGAGAGUUAUAUCGGGGUAGAGGUGUAUGUGAGUGAAUGAAUGAGCUAAGAACAGUAACCCUUGGUCCUGUCUUCCCUGAUCCUCCUUACUCACUGAUGUCUCAUGUCCAAAAUUAGGUUGUAAGCUCUUCUGGGCAGGCACAAUGUCAUUUAUAUUUUCUAAGGUACCUAGCACACUUGUAGAGCCUGUAUAAAUAAUUUAGUGAGGCUGCAUAGAAAUAGUUUACUUUCAUUUGCAUAGUGAUUAACUACUACUUGAGGUAGUCUUACAACAGAAUGAAUAAUGGUUGUAUAAAGAUGACUUGGGGAAAAUUAAUACUUCUGAACAAAAUCUACUCAAAUUGCCCUGAAAGAAAGGGCUUUUUUUUUUUGCAUAAGCUGAUAUUGUUUUGACUCCAUAUUGAUGAGCAGAUACCACACCAAGGAAAGUAACUGUCUUGGCUUGAAGGAGGAGGUUGCUAUAACUGAAUGGCAGAAACUUCCACAGAUAUUCUCUCUAGAGCAGUGGUUCUCAAACUGCAGGUAGGGACCCAAAGUGGGUUGUGAACCCAUUUUAAUGGGAGUGCCAGGGCCAGCCUUAAACUUGCUGGGAUCCAGGGCUGAAGCUGAAGCCCAAGCUCCACCCUCACCUAGGGCAGAAGGAGGUCGCGGUGCAAUGAAGUUUGAGAACCGAUGCUCUAGAAUGCCUUCCUCUUAGCAAGUAUCAGAGGGGUAGCCAUGUUAGUCUAGAUCUGUAAAAAGCGACAAA